AUGGCGACUAGCGAUGAUGAGCCGUUGCAUCUUUACGAAGUGUUUCAAAACUGUUUCAAUAAGAUAGCAAAUAAACAACCUGACAAGGCAGGCUUCCAGUCGCCCUAUGGCACCAUGGAUAAUGGCAUGGCGUACGCGAACAGUUACGGUGGAACGGGAAAUGAAACGUUCGGCCCCGAGUCACCAUUUUUCCCGUUCGGCAACGCGCCGCGCCGGCCGCCGGCCACAGGGCCGGCGGUGAAAAAUAGGAAGAAAGAGAGCCUGGACCCGACGGACGCAGCGGAUGUCGUAGGAACUCAGCACUGGUAUGGAUCAGAUGAAUUUGGGCAGGACUCACCACGUUACACCUCACCCAAGACGGCAGGUCUCUAUGGGGACUCUUACUACAUUGAUGGUAGUGGGUCAGGAGCAGGGGACCCAUGGUCCAGUGGAGGACAGCUACAGUCAGGGCCCUACACAGGGUAUGGUUCAUCUGCCUCACUACUCUCAGGGGGAGCAGCGCCUCACCUGUCCCAGGCAGGGUUUCCUCCAACCAUGCACCUCCCACAUGACCCCAUGGGCUAUGGAGCCAUGUCUCCUGGUGGAGGCGUACAACAGGACCCCACAUCCUCUGUAUCCACCUCCCUCCUCCCCACCUCAGCUACUGGUCUUCCCCCCAUGUCAACUUUCCGUGGGAGUGGAGGAGGUGUGGCAGGCCCUGGCCCAGGGGGACAGGUGACUCCGACAGGCGCUACCGGUGUGGUGGGUGUUCCCACUUCGAGUCCUGCACAAGCCCUCUAUUGUGGCAGCCAUAGUCCUGCAGUUGGUGUCCCACAGCCACAGACAUCUGGAGACACGCUUGGAAAAGCUCUGGCCUCAAUCUAUCCAACGGAUCAGAGUGUAAGCAGCUACAGUUCAAACCCGUCAACACCUGUCAGCUCACCGCCACCCCUAACGGCUGGUGGGCCAGGAGGUAGCAGUAGUGGGGCAGGUGCGUGGCCACCAAGUGGCACAACACCAGGAACAGGACCUACACAACACAAUCACACCCACCCACAUGCGGCCACACCCACCUCACCACACUACGCACCCACACCCAGCAGUGCCAGUGUGGCAGCUCCAGACCGCACGAUUCACAUGGCCGCCCCUGAGCAGCAAAGGUUAGAUGAUGCAAUUGGGUUCCUGCGAGAUCAUGCUGAGGGCACACGGAUGGAGGAACGGCUGGACGAUGCCAUCAAUGUGCUGAGGAAUCAUGCCGAGAGCCAAGCAUUGGGUCUACACGCCAUCGCUGCCUCCAGUGCUGCUGUAGCGGCUGCAGCUGCUGCUGCCAACUUACAAACACAUUCCAAUGGCCUGCUGGGCUCAUAUCACCACACCACACAACCAACACUGGAUUCACAUUUGGCAAGUCCACAUCCAGGCACUCCAGGCUCAACAGUUGGAGCACCACCAACCUCCUAUCCUGGUCUUGCCCCAACACCUGACACUGAUGGACCAAUCAAGAUUGAGAGGCUGUCAGGAACAACUGCAAAGAAACGGAAGGAGCCACCUGGAGUAUCUGAUACAAAGCCAAGCAGCAGUGAGCUUGUCAACAGCCAGGCAAGCACGGGUGCCAAUACAACAGCCCCUGCUAACUCCACUUCAGGGCAGAAGGGUUCAAAGCGGUCUCGGAGAUAUUGCUCGAGUGCCGAUGAGGAGCUGGAGGAUCCAGGCACAAAGGCUGUGCGUGAAAAGGAGCGUCGCCAGGCCAACAACGUGCGUGAGAGUUGUUCGAGCGCGGAUGAGGAAGAAGAUCCUGACACAAAGGCUGCACGGGAGAAGGAGCGCAGACAGGCCAACAAUGCACGCGAGAGGAUACGGAUCCGUGACAUCAACGAAGCACUGAAGGAACUUGGGAGGAUGUGCAUGACACACCUCAAGACAGACAAGCCCCAGACAAAGCUCGGCAUCCUCAACAUGGCAGUCGAGGUCAUCAUGAACUUGGAGCAACAAGUCAGAGAACGGAACCUAAAUCCUAAAGCAGCAUGUUUAAAGAGGCGAGAAGAGGAGAAAGCUGAGGAUGGUCCUAAGCUGACAGGACACCACCUGGGCCACCCUGGCGCACCCCACAUGGCACAGCCACCCUUCCCAGCAAUGCCUGGUCCACCUUUACCACACAACCCAUCUCAACCCCAGUAGCAGAGGGGGAUGGUUUUCAAACUCCCACCAUUUUACGAUUCCAGGCAAAUACCAUGGAAUGGGACUUGAUUUUGCAUCAGGGGUGGGAACAUUCUUGUAACUGUGAACAGCAGUGUGUGUGUGUGUGUGUGUGUGAAAUACAGCAGCGCACAACACGGGCACAGACUGACAUGUUGCUGGGGGAAUGAACUAAGUGAAGAAUUUGUUUUUCAUUUCACCCUUUAGAAGGGUGUUAUUUAGAAAGGAUUAACUUCUUCACCCCUCAUAAGAGGCAGCAUUGUUAUCAGCAGUCCGUUUCCUAACCUAAUCAUGUAAGUAUAUCAGAAACAGAGGCACAAUCACACAUCUUGGCCAGUACAUCGAGAAGAAGGAGAAAGUGUAUUACACAGGGAAGAAUGACUGCAAUAUCCCUUGAUAUUGGAAAACAACAAUUCCUACCACCUUGAGUUCAUUGUUCCAAAAAAUAAAUAUAAAUAUAUAUAAUUUUUUCAUGAUGCCAUUUACAGACACGUUUUCCUAUCAGCAAAAGAUGAAGCCAUAUUAUGAUGUCCCAAUUUUGUUAUUAUAUUUUAACUUCAGCUGCCUUAACAAUAAUCCCCUCCCCUCCUAUCCUAUAUUAUGUACAUUAUCAUAUUUUAUAGUUUUUAUUAUUAAGUGCGACAAUAUAAAGGAAUGUUGGAGGAGCGUGAAGAUAGUGGUGAUGUUUAUUGAAGCCUUCCGACUGGAAUUUUUAGUGUGUGAGAGACGAUGGUGGAAAUGAAAAGAGUUGCAGUAGAUUAUUGCCUUUAUACUAAUUUUUUUUGGAAGAGUAAAAGAGAGUGUAUGAAGGUCUUUUUCCUUCAAAAAUCGGCACACUUAAACGUCCCAAGAGCAUGAAGUGAAAGGUGAUGUGGAAAGAAACAUAUUGUGAAAGUUUUCUUAAGUUUUACCAUAUAUUGCUAUGAAAGGUUUUAGAAAUUAACCCUUCUUUGUUUUUUAAGGAGACGACAAACAUUAGGCACGACAGUGACGGAUAUUGUGAAGUGUUAAAACUUCUUUUGAGACAUUUUCAUAGCUAAGAAGAUGAUGUAGGGUGUGUCUGCUUUGUAAUUUUCCAACACUGUCAGUGAGCUGAAAUGAAAUGGAUUUCUGAGCAGUGGUUUGUUGGAUGUGUUACAAAUGUGAUAAGCUAAUGGGAUUUGGUUUGAAGUAAAUGUGUGGAAGAGGUUACAGAGAUCUG